CUCAGACUCGAACCUUUACACCGCGAGGAUCGGUGACUGCGCUGUCCACUCCGGUGUCCUGUCGACCCGAGUACUCGACAGUGCAGUCCCCGUGCUUCCCAGUCGGUCCUGAUCACGGGGAAGGCGCCAUAGUGAACGGGGACUGUGAGUGAGAGAGCGAAAUAAGAGGGCGAGCGAGUAGACGCGAGCAGGUGAUGUUCUUCAGGGGAUUUCCUCCUUGACGUUAUCCCGGAUCGUGUCGCGACUAUGACAGUCGUUGAAAAGCCGAGGGGGACGUUUUGAAAUCAUUUGUCGCAGAGUGCGUCGCCACUACGAGAGCCACCACAACCGAUCGCGUUAACGAACUCGACGGGAUGCGACUGGGCGCAUCGAUGCUGGCGCGCUGCGUUCCGGCCCAACGUGAUCUCCGGUUUAUGUGACGAAGAAAAGAGAAAUGUCGUGAAAACUCUUUGCUCCUAUCACGAGAGAAACGACUCUGCCUACGGACUCAGUGAAACCACCCUCCUCGCGAGGCCGACUUUGUGAAACGGGAUUGCUUCGCACUCUGACCGAUGAAGCAGAGACUUCCCGACGUGCUCAGUCAAUGACAGUGAUCACUCCCGCUCGAUCAUGGCUCUACUGUCGAACCACCACUGCAACUACCAGAACACGCAGUCCGAGAUGCUGACACCCACGUAUCCAAACCCAACGAGGAACUACGACCCCUUGUACCCGUCGCCGUACAACUCGCCGAGUUACGACUCCGGCAGGAUCACGUAUCGGGACAAUUGCGCGCACGAGAACGAGCUCACGCCACGCAGGGAGGUCGAGACGUUGGACUACGCUAAGGACGUGGUGUCCGAGUACACGAAGACUCCGGAGGGAUACGAGAGAGGACCCUACGGCGUCCUGACGCCUGUCACACCGCAAAGAUAUGAGCAGCCGCACUCAAUGGAGCAAACAAUGUCGCCGCGAUCGGCGUUGUACGAGGAGAGUUCUAUGGACUAUCAGCCGCCGCCCUAUUGCUACGAGACUCCUCCACAGGAGCCGAGAUAUCAACCCCUAGAGAAUAGCAAGCCGGUCCUCACGAUUGUCGAACCACGCGCCAGUUGUUGGGAGCCUGUCAUCUCGACUCAAAAAAUGCCGACGACGCCGCCGGUGAGUCCGCGAAAGGGUAGACGGAGGUGCCGUGACGUUCCGCCGUCACCGACAGUCCUGAAGCGCCGGCGCCUCGCCGCGAAUGCACGUGAGAGGCGUCGUAUGAACGGCCUGAACGACGCCUUUGACAAACUGCGCGAGGUCGUGCCCAGUCUGGGAACCGAUCACAAACUCAGCAAGUUCGAGACCCUGCAGAUGGCACAAAGCUACAUAGCAGCCCUGUGUGAUCUUCUGCAGAGGCACGAUGGGAAGAGAUAGACGGAGGCUAGCCGGAAGACGCAAGUACUACACGCUUCACCCUUCAUAUUCCUUCCAAUUUCGUGUGCCAUUUCGCUAAUUGGACCUUGGUUAAAUUCUUCUGUGCAACAGUGGUCUUUAAAAAAUGCGUUGUUUUACUUUGAGAACUUUUUUAAAAUCUCUUUAUAAGUUUCCUAAUUUUAAGUGAAGCCGAAGAAAAUCAUGUGGUCUAUAAAAGUAUUAAAAAAUACUGACUUAAUCUUUUUAUAAUUUCCUUAAUUUUAAGUGAAGCCAAACCACACAAAUUGUAUAGUCCCUAUGAAGGGUAUUAAAAUGUAAUAACUAGCAGAAAAUACGCACAAAUUAUAUUUUAAUGAAUAUCGAAAGACAAAACGAAUCACACUUUUGUAAAAAUGCAAUAAGACUGAAUCGCACAGCCAGCACACAGAAAGCACUGCUAUUAUAAUUGAUUUCGAGACUAAUGAUUAGUGGAUAAUUUUCGAUUAAUGGAAUUUUAUGUGCUCGACAAAGCUUGAUCGCAUGUUGUUCUUAUUAGAGUUGAACAUUUGCAAAUUACUACUUUUAUUGUCACUAUGUGAAGGGUGCAAACCGAAACUGGUUUGCUUCAUUGUGUAUUUAACAUGUAUAAUAUACGUUUUUUGAAAUAUAUAUUUUUUAUAAUCUGAUUUGAGAGAGAUGUUUCUAAUAUAUAUGAUCGCGUAAAAUUAAGAAAAUAGACCUCGGUCUUCAAGUGUGUUAGACUUCGUUAACUAGAUUUUUACAUACGUAUUUUUACAUUGUGUCACAGAUGCAACGACGCAUAAGUAUGUCUGUAUUUUGCGAUAUAUAUAUAUAUAUAUAUAUAUAUGUACUUCAACUUAUAUAAGGCAAAGAAACAGCUAAAGAUCCAAAGAUUAAACGCGAUAGUAGGUAUAAAGUCUGUAACUUCGCAGAUAUAUUAGAUUUAUCUAUAAAAACAAUAACAUUAUAUUACGUCAUAUCAGCCUCUUGUAAUUUCAGUAAAGCGUAUAAAUAGGAGAAAUAUAAUUCUUCAAUGAUUUUUCAAUCAAAAAUGCGAGAUAAAAUCGAUAACUAUAAUCAUUGUAUGGUUGAGUUAUUAUAUUAAUCGCGAAAGUUUUACAAUUUUAGGUUUUAAGACCAACGACAUGUUCCUUAAGUUUAAGAUUAAUAAUAUCUUUGAACGAGUCGUGACACUGAUGAAUUGUUUAUUGUAAAUCUAUGAUUACUACGAUUACUAUCUAGUCAAGAUUACUAUCUUAUCUUUAUGUUUUAAUGUCGCGCUAUCUAAAUGAUGUAUUUUAAUGUAAAAAGUAUACCCUAUGCAUUUAAGGGAAUGUGCCACGUUGGAAAGCUACAAAGAAGAAAAAUUCACUUUUUAUUGUGUUAUGGUGGAUAUGUUAAAGUAACAAAUAGCACUGUGGACACACUAACUUGUUGAUCUUGUAAACAAAAUAGCAAUGCGAGCUCAACCGCCGUUGACUUGUGCAGUGAUGUCAGUUAUAUUUCCCAAACACAUAUGUGAGAUCCAAAAUUUUAAAACAAUUUUUAUUUAAUAAGAUACUAUUUAAAAUGUAAUGUAAAAUUUUCAAAAAAAAAGUAAAUUGAAAGAAUAAUCUAAGUUUGAAUAAAAAUAUCAGUUUUUAAACAUACUUUUCUUAGAUAUUUUGAAAUUUAAUGAGGUUAGAAUAAAAACGGCUAUGAUAAGUCAUUGUAUAAUAAAUUAUUUUAUAAAUAUCUAUGUAAAUGUAGAUUAAAAUCGGUUUGAAAUUACUCGAGUUAUCAUCGACACUACUUUACACGACAGAGUCAUGUAUCGUCAUUUUUACAAAAUUAACAAACUAUUAUAUUAACAUAUUAAUGCUAUUUGUUACUUGUGCAUACACUAUAAUAGAAUAAUAUAAAGAUCGAUUUUUUCUUUGUAACUUUCCCGCGAGUACUCCUAAAGAGAUCAUUCAUUUGACGUUUUCCAACGUGGUGUACCCCCUUAAACGAUCAACGCCAAAGAUUCGAAGUAGGAACAACACUGCAAAGAGCAGUGGCGAAGAAAUUGCGUCCAAAGAUUUUCUUUCUAUAGAAAUAAGAGGCGUAGGCGGCUUUUCGAAUCAGAAAGGAGUAAGGGACAGAGAUAGAGAGAUUUUUGAAAAUCCUUUUUGUCACACUAUAACCUAUAAGAAAACUCACUGUAUAAUGCAUGAUAAGUGUGCGGCGAUCAAUUGUAUCGAAUAACGACAUGAUUUUGUACACAAUUGUAAAUAAAGAACUGUGCGCGCAAGCGAGCGCAAGGGAAACGAAUGAAAAUGUGCUGCAUAGAAUUCCACGGUGUCCUGCAAAGAGACAGGCGAAAUCGCGACUCAGAUACGCAUUUUCGCGGAUAGAAGAAGUGGUAGAACGCGAUAGUUUCCCGAUUUCGCGUUCGAGAUAUGAGAACAAGAAUGUCGGACGGACGUGCUCGCUUUAUUUCAUAGACCGCUCGGAGUCGCAUCGACCGUGUCGAUCGGAAGUGUAAAGAAUAUAGCGACGC